AUGAAUAAUUAUCAAAAGAAGUCCACUGAGGUUGAUAAGAAAAAUUCAAGAAAUGAAUUUUGUCAACCUUAUAAGACUAUUCGAAAGAUGCAAAUAAUUCAUCACGUCAGAGAAAAUAAUAAUAAUACAAGUGAAAGGAUGAAUAUUGCUUAUAAUGAUAUAUAUAGAGAAGAGAAUAUAAUUUAUGAAAAAGAAUAUACAAAAAUUCCUGAUAAUUUAAUAUAUAAUGAGACUGAUAAGUUAAAUGGUUGCAAUAAAAUUGGUGCACCUAAUAAUAACGAAUUGAAAUGUUUGAAUAGAAAUAAUAAUAAUGAAGCUUUAAUAGUAUCUCAGAGCAGUACAAAAUAUCUGGAAAAUUAUUUUUCAUCAUAUAAUAAUAAUAAUAAUAUUAAUAAUAAUAUUAAUAGUAAUAUUCAUAAUAAUAUUCAUAAUAAUAUUCAUAAUAAUAUUCAUAAUCAUAACCAUAACAUCAUACAUAAUAACCAUUUGUGCUGUAAUUGUAAGCACAUGUGUUGUAUGAAUAACCACAUAAGAUGUAUUAAUAACCAUAUUGGUUGUUUUAAUCAUCAUAUUGGUUGUCAUAAUAACCAUAUUCAUUGUAAUAAUAAAAACAUAUGUUAUUACAAUAUACAUGAUAGUAAUAACAAUAUUUUAAAAUCUGAAGAAAUUGAGCGAAAUAAAAAUCUAAAUCAGACCUUUAAUCAUCAUUGUGGAAAUUAUCAAAAUAUGUUACUAAAUACGGAAUACAAUAAAGGUAUUGUAGAUAAUAUAAAUAAACAAAAUGAUAUAGAAAUAAAAAAUGAAAAACAUCUUGCUCAUAAUAUAAAUUUACAUGUAAAAAAUUAUACAAAUUAUAAUAUGAAGCAUGAAAAAGAUUUUAUAUGUAAGGAAGAUAUUUCUAAGAACUAUAAUAUAAUACAAAAGAAUACGAAUUUUUUUGCCAGUAUGUUAAAGAAAAACGAAACGGAUAAGGAAAAUAUGAAUGAAAAUAAAAAUGGACAUAAUAAUGCUAAUGAACAUGAUAAUACAAACAAAUAUAAUAACACAAACGAAGAUAAUAACACAAAAAAACAUAAUAACAUAAAUGAAAAUAAUAACAUAAAUGAAAAUAAUAACAUAAAUGAAAAUAAUAACAUAAAUGAAAAUAAAGAUGAAAAUGCUUGGGAAUAUUUUAAAGAAGGAUCAUUUUAUAAUUUUUCUACAGUAUAUAAUUCAAAACAAAAAAGACCUUAUACAAAUUAUGGAAACCAAAUGAAGCAUCAUCAAAACAAAAUGUAUAAUAAUAACAACAACAGUUACUACAAUAACAAGAACUAUGGAAAUAAUAACACCAAUAAUAAUAAUAAUAAUAUAGGAUAUAUUGAAAAGAACAAUAUGAAUAAGGAUAAUUGGAAUAAUAAAGGCCAUUUCGAUAGGGGGAAUAUACAUAAUAUUAAUUUUAAUAACAAAAUGGUUAAUAAUUAUAAUAAUGACAACAAGAAUGAAUAUAAUGUUAAUUAUGACAAUAAGAAUAAAAAGAGUAUACAUAAAUAUAAUUACAAUAAUAAUCAUUACAAUCAAAAUGGUUACAAAAAAAAUAAUUACGAUAAUCAUCGAUUUAAUAAUAAUGACAAUAUUAAUGUGAAUUCUUUUCAUGUAGAAAAUGAAGAAAGAUAUACAUUUCCAUAUUCUUACGACAAUAAUGUUUUUGAGAAUACAAGAAAUAACAUAGUAUCAUCAUACCCAUCAACAAAAACAAUUAUUAAACAAAAUAAUAAUUAUUCAAAAGAAAAUAAGGAUAAAACAAAAGUAAAUGUAAAUCAUGGAAUAAAGAAUAGUCGUACAAUAAAUAAAGAAAAAUCUUCAAACAUAAUUUUUUGUAAAUACUGUAAUGUAAAUGUUGAAGAGGGGAAAUUAUUAGAACAUAACAAGAAUGAACAUAUUAUGUGCCCUAUAGAUGAUUGUAAUAAGAUAUACAAUAUUGACGAUAUGGAAAUUCAUUUAUUAAAUCAUAUGAAAAAUGAGAAGAAUGAAAUUAUUUUAAAUGAUGCUAAAGAAAUACAAAAAUGGAUUAGUGAAAGGAAAAAAAACUAUCCUACCAGAAAUAAAAUAUUAAAUAAUAUGAAUAAAAAAGAGUCGAAAGAAAAAAACAAACCAAAAUGUUUAAUUGAAGAAUUAUUAUUUGAACGAUAUUGUUCAGCCAUAGGAAAGAAUUUAUAUUAUAAAAAUGAAUCUGAGAAAUCCAUAUUUGUUCCUUUAUUAAGUAAAUUAUCUGAUAAAAACUAUCCAAAUAUUUAUGAAAAUACUUAUUAUAGUAUUUCUUCAUCAAAUAAUCAAUUCGAUGUUCAAAAAAAAAGAAAUAACAAUUCAAAAACAAAAGAAACAAUUGAUACAUUAAAUAUUCAUAAAAGAACACCAUUAAUAUAUCAAUUAAUGAAAAAUGAUAUUUAUACAUAUGAGAAGAAAUUAAUGACAUCUAUUAAUUAUAUAACAAAAAAUAAAUUCUUUGAUGAUUCAUUUGAUAAAAAUCAACAUAUUGAAGAAUUAUAA